UGAAUGCUUAGAUUUCUUAACAUUCUGUAAAAUGCUUUGUAAUAAGUUGCAGGCACAUAGUAAAUGCCUGAUAAAUUAAGUGGUGAAUGUAUGAGUUUGUCUACAUCCCAUGUUGGUUUGUGGCUUUCCUAAUACUGUUUCAUGUUGUCACCACAUUCCUGGUGGUAGCACUGCAGGGCUCCCCAGUACAGCUUUGUGCAGUGAUGGUCCGUAUCUGUGCAGUUCAGUAAGGUGGCCCCCAGCGUAUGUGGCUAUUGAAAUGUGGGUAGUGCAGCUGAGAACCUGAAUUGUUAAUUUAGUCACAUAAGUACAUAAUUCUGUCACAUGUAAUAUUGUCUGAUUUGCUUUCUUGUUUAAUAUACAUUAUACAUUUUCAGUGACUGGUUAUUAAAUGGUAGGGUCAUAAUUAGACCAUUUUAUCCCUUCUAUUUAGAAGUAGAUAUCUGGGUACGUUUCAAAUGUGGGACUAUAGAAAUAGUAUGUUAGCGAGACGUGUGUGUCUGGAUUAUUUUAAGGAAGAGACUGUCAGAGCUGUUAUGGUUCUGCUGAAUUGUUUUCGUUUGGGCUGGGGAUUCAGGAGCUAGCCAAGGCCGAAUCUUGGGCUCCAUACCACGUUAUUGUUGCAUGUGGCGUUACCUUUGUUUCUUUGAAGGUAGUUAGUGAGCCACUUUUAGCUCAACUCAAAAUCAGUUGCAUGAUGUUAGUCAUAACAUUUUUUUUUACCCCAAAUUCUUAUUAAGCAACAAGUCACAUUUUAGGUACUCAGUAGCCACAUGUGCCUGAUGGCUACUGUAUUGAACAGCACAGAUCUAGAAGACUUGAAUAUCACUGUCAGCCACCUUCAGCUCGUCGACGUAUGUAGAACUCUGUACCCAGCAGCUAUAGAAUACACAUUCUUUCAAGUGCACAUGCAACUGUCACCGAGGUUUGUAGACAAGAAGGAAAGAUUAAGCCAACUUAAGAGCAAGCAAGAAGAAUUUCAAAAAGAAGUGUUAAAAGCUAUGGAAGGAAAAUGGAUAACAGAUCAGUUGAGAUGGAAAAUAAUGUCCUGCAAGAUGAGGAUUGAACAGCUGAAGCAAACUAUAUGUAAAGGAAAUGAAGAAAUGAAGAAAAAUUCUGAAGGCCUCCUCAAAACCAAGGAAAAGAAUCAGAAACUUUAUACUCGAGCACAACGGCAUCAGGAGAAAAAGGAGAAGAUUCAGAGGCACAAUCGCAAGCUUGGUGACCUGGUGGAAAAAAAAAACAGUGACUUAAGAAGUCAUUAUGAGCGUCUGGCAAAUCUUCGGCGUUCUCACAUAUUAGAGCUCACCUCUGUCAUUUUUCCAAUCGAGGAAGUAAAGACUGGUGUGAGAGAUCCCGCAGACGUGUCUUCAGAGAGUGACAGUGCCAUGACAUCCAGCACCGUGAGCAAGCUCGCUGAAGCCCGGAGGACGACCUACCUCUCAGGGAGAUGGGUCUGUGACGACCACAACGGGGACACCAGCAUCAGCAUUACGGGGCCAUGGAUUAGCCUUCCGAACAACGGGGACUACUCUGCCUACUACAACUGGGUGGAGGAGAAGAAAACCACGCAGGGGCCUGACACGGAGCAUAGUAACCCCGCUUACACGAUCAGUGCUGCAUUGUGCUACGCAACUCAGCUGGUCAACAUUCUGUCUCACAUACUCGACAUAAAUCUUCCCAAAAAGCUGUGCAACAGUGAAUUUUGUGGAGAAAACCUCAGCAGACAGAAGUUUACUCGAGCAGUGAAGAAACUAAAUGCAAAUAUUCUUUACCUGUGCUUUUCCCAGCAUGUCAAUUUAGAUCAAUUACAACCACUGCAUACUCUCAGGAAUCUAAUGUACCUGGUCAGUCCGAACUCUGAACACCUAGGCAGGUCGGGACCCUUCGAAGUGCGCGCAGACCUGGAGGAGUCCAUGGAGUUUGUGGAUCCCGGAGUUGCUGGAGAAUCAGACGAGAGUGGAGACGAGCACGUCAGUGAUGAGGAAACGGACCUGGGCACAGACUGGGAGAACCUGCCCAGCCCCCGGUUCUGUGACAUCCCUUCCCAGCCCGUGGAAGUCUCCCAGAGCCAGAGCACCCAGGCGUCCCCGCCCACCGCCAGCAGCAGUGCCGGCGGGAUGAUCUCCUCGGCUGCGGCUUCGGUCACCUCCUGGUUUAAAGCUUACACUGGACACCGUUAACCAGCAGGGACUGAGACCCGAGACGCACCAGACUGGCCUGGAGAAACCUUUUCGUCCACAUUCUAGUAAACGUUACGUGUUUAGCUAAGAUAGUGCCUGGAACAGAAGGAAGUAAAGCUGUUGGGUUUUUUAAAGCAGGGAGACUAGCAUUUCUCUUUGUCGUUUGGGCAAUGGCGUGACCAGCAUCUUAUGAUCAUUAACAGAACAGAGGGGUCACGGGUCCUUCUCCCAGACCAGCGCUGGUGGAGGAGGGCCCUGUGCACGUGGCCAGUCCUGUUGAGGCAGAAACACAUGGAACUCCCUCCAGUCAUCGUCCGUGGGCCCCGCAGACACAGCUGACAUGUUGGUCCCUGUGACGCUAAGACUGUUCCCAAAUACUUUGUUUCCAAGGUCGAAUCACAAGGAAGUGAUUCUUGAUGAUCAGGACUUGAAAGGUAAAAACUGUUUAAUAUAAGGGGUUUUUUGCCGUUAUUUUUUGUACAGAGAACAAGCAGGCAAUUUGAGACACUUGAUUUCUUUAUAAUUUGGUCACGUUUGGUUUUCAGGUCAAAGAUUUUUGUUUUGUUUUCAAAGGAUGGGUUUUGUUUGUUUUUUGACAGGGGAGAGGCAGUUUAGAAAAUGAUUUUUCUCACGCUGCUCUCUUGUAGCCCGUUGGACGUUGCUGUUUUCCUUCUCCCCACACACCAAAGAAACUAAGGUCUUUUUUCCUUUAGGACCCACAUCCAUGAAGGGAAGAAAUCCUGGCUGCAAUAAUGUCCCAGAGAUUUAAGAACUAUUUCCUUGUAUUUUGAGGGGAAUUAAGUUCAUCCUUACCUAGACUAUUGAAUUCCUACCAUCACACUAUGUGCAUUUUGAAAUUGAACUUAUUUUCUGUGAGUAAAUUUUAAGUCAUUAAGGUUGUUCCCCUAUGGAAGCUAAAUGCCUGCCUGGGCAUAGGUUAAAAGCCACUUACGUGGCCUCUGGUCAUUCUUCUGGUGUCUGGUUUCUUUGUAAGGGCUUUAAUAAGUGGCAGGUUUUUCUGGGGAAAACCACCUGCUUGUUUGUUUCCUGGAGGUCUUUGUUGCUCUAAGGACACUACCUUUGCUCUGAAAUGCAGAGCACAUCGUUACAGCUAACACUGCUCUUCUUUACCUUGGGAAAGCUCUGAUGGGAAGAAUUUUCCCUCACCAAGAGAUCAUUUUCAGCUAAUGUGUCUUGUCAUUCUCUUAGUGACAAUCUUAUAAGAAAACUGUAGAGAGGCAUUAUGUACAAAUAUGUAAGUAGUUUUUUAUUUUUAAUAACCGCAAAAAAAAAAUCCUAUGUAACAACUGCAAAAUGAAAUCCUACAAAAAAUUCCUAACAGGCAUUAUGACCAUAUCGUGAGUGUGAUUAGCAUGAUAGUACCUCAUACAUCACUCAGAGGUUUUCCCUGCCCUCGCUUCCUUUCUCCUUGUAAUUAUUAUAGUUGAUACUUUGCUUCCAAAUCCAAGGUGCUAUAUAUAGCUCUUGCUGUUUGGUAAUAUUUAGUGUUUGGUAGAGUUUGGGGUAGAAUUGCAGAAGAAGGUGUUUAUUCCUAUCCAGGAGUCCCAAGUUCCCUGACGAUGAGUUUUCCACUUGGGGAGGGAGCAGGUUUUCCCCUGUGGGUUCUCAUACAGCCUGUCUGUUUUCAGCCCUGGGCUGCAAGAUGGCUGGGUGGCAUUGUCCCAUCCAGGUUUGUAGUGUAGUUCACAGAGAGUGGCUGUGGUAGACUUGAACAAAUACCAAAUGAACUUAAAAUCCCAGGAGGUAAGAGUUGUCUAGGCACUCAAACCCUCAGGAAGAACUUAGUCUUAAGAUUUGGAACACUGAGAUUUGGGGCUUGGGGGUGGAGAAUGACUUCAGCUGAAAGAUGCACAACAGUCAUGGUUAUCUCAAGUAAUCCUCUUACGAAACCAUGAGAUCAGGAACUAGAGUAAUUCAACAAAACUACGAGGAUGUGGGAAAUGUAGGGAUUGAUAGGGUAUGUUUUGUUGUUGUUAAUAUCAACUAGAGGCACUUUACUUAGGGUUAAAUGAUCAAACCUUUAAUGGUUUUGAACACCAACAUACUGGCUUACACUGCUGAGAUAUUUUGGUUUUCAUUAUUUUGCACUGGAUCCACCCUGUAAAUAUUCUUGAAAUAUACAUUUCAACCACUGUUUUUUCUACUCUCUUUGCUGCUCAUUAAAAUCUUCCAUGUAGGUGCCAGAACCAUAUGUAAACAGCUUUUUUAAAAGUUGAAGCUGGUAUUUUUUUUUUUUAAACAAAAAAGCCAUAGAACUUGGUCAUGUUUUCCAUAAUAAAACGAUUUGUUGAAACAAGGUAAUACUAAAAAAAACUCACAGGCACCAAAUAGGCUGCUUAAAAUGGUCUGUUAAAGACUUUUUUGUAAAGGAGUAUAACUAAGAAAAGUUUUGCACAUCUGUAAGUUAUAGGGGGAAACAGUGUCAGCACUGGGGAGCAGACAGGAUUCGUCUAAGGAGUCGUGGGUGGAUAAUUUGGGGAAGAACGUGUGGUGGCGUGCUGUUAAAGAAUCUCCUUGUGGCGUCACGUCGCAGGGAUUCCCCACUGCUCUGCGACUUCCAAACCAGUUUGAGUCAUACAAAUGUUUUCUAAACUUUUAUUGUAUUAUUGCAAUAAAUCUUCUAACAGUACUUUGCAAGUAUGUAUGCCUUUUUCAAGCUCUGAUUAUUCAUUUCUACUGAUAAUAAGCUGAGGGUCGCAAGAAUGAGACCUAACUCUGGAGUAUUUUAUACAAAUUAUAGGAUAAGUUUUUGUUAAGAAUUUUUUUGUCAGGUAAUGAAAAAUGCCUGUUCAUACUUUUUAAAAAUUAUAGUGGUAUUAACAAUCAUGGUCUCU